GGGGUUGGUAAGUCGGGCCAUGGUGGGGCAGAGGUUGGGAAGAUGGCGUGGCGAGGCUUGGCGCAGAGAGGCUGGGGUUGUGGUCAGGCGUGGGCUCCGCCGGCGGGCGGCCGCAGUUGCGAGGAGCUCACUGCGGCCCUGGUCCAGCCGCGGCUGCUCGGGCGCAGGUUUAACUUUUUUAUUCAGCAAAAAUGUGGAUUCAGAAAAGCACCCAGGAGGGUUGAACCUCGAAGAUCAGACACAGGAACAAGUAGUGAAACAUACAAGAGAAGUGCUUUGAUUCCUCCUGUAGAAGAAACAGCCUUUUAUCCUUCUCCCUAUCCUAUAAGGACUCUUGUAAAGCCUUUGUUUUUUACUGUUGGGUUUACAGGCUGUGCAUUUGGAUCAGCUGCCAUUUGGCAGUAUGAAUCACUGAAAUCCAGGGUCCAGAGUUAUUUUGAUGGUAUAAAAGCUGAUUGGUUGGAUAGCAUAAGACCACAGAAGGAAGGAGACUUCAGAAAGGAGAUUAACAAGUGGUGGAAUAACCUAAGUGAUGGCCAGCGGACUGUGACAGGUAUCAUAGCUGCAAAUGUUUUUGUAUUUUGUUUGUGGAGAGUACCUUCUCUACAGCGGACGAUGAUCAGAUAUUUCACAUCCAGUCCAGCCUCAAAGGUCCUUUGUUCUCCAAUGUUGCUGUCAACGUUCAGUCAUUUCUCCUUGUUUCACAUGGCAGCAAAUAUGUAUGUCUUGUGGAGCUUCUCCUCCAGCAUAGUGAACAUUCUCGGUCAGGAGCAGUUCAUGGCAGUGUACUUAUCUGCAGGUGUUAUUUCCAAUUUCGUUAGUUAUGUGUGUAAAGUUGCCACAGGAAGAUAUGGACCAUCACUUGGUGCAUCGGGCGCAAUCAUGACUGUCCUUGCAGCUGUCUGCACUAAGAUCCCAGAAGGGAGGCUCGCCAUUAUCUUCCUUCCAAUGUUCACGUUCACGGCAGGGAAUGCCCUAAAAGCCAUUAUUGCCAUGGAUACAGCAGGAAUGAUCCUGGGAUGGAAAUUUUUUGAUCAUGCUGCACAUCUUGGGGGAGCUCUCUUUGGAAUAUGGUAUAUUACUUAUGGUCAUGAACUCAUUUGGAAGAACAGGGAGCCUCUAGUGAAAAUUUGGCAUGAAAUGAGGACUAACGGCCCCAAAAAAGGAGGUGGCUCUAAGUAAAACUGGGGUUGGACAAUACUGGUACGACUGGUCCAUGCUGCCUGAAGCCCUAGGAAUUCAUCGGCCCUGGAGUGACCACAUCUUUGCUCCUGCCUGGAAGACACUGAGCAUCUAGCUUUCCCAGUAUUUUAAACUAUGUCCCCAGUACAUGUUUCAUUAGAAAAUGAAUUAUGACAAAGUUGUGAAAUAAAGGUUUAUAUCUCUAGUUUGUAAA